GUUUCCUAACAAGCUUUAAACUUAACACAUUUAAAAGAUAAACAAUUUGUAUAAUCAAACAAUAAAACAAUGGCUGAUAUUGCAGGAACCGUAAAAGCUAAUCCUAAUGGUGGUCAAGACAUUAAUGUUCAAGCGAUGAAAAGUUUUGGUGAUGAAAAGGUCAAUGCUGCUGUAGGAGUAUUUGCUGCCGGCAAUGAUAGCAAGGGACCAGUAACUACAGGAGCUUUUGGAGCCUUAAAUGCCAAUGGCCAUGGUGUCUCCAUACAACAUUCCAAUACCCCCGGUGUUGGUAAUAAUUUAUCGGAAAACUUGCGUUUGAAUGUUUUAAAAACUGAUCAGCAUGCCUUAGAUGUCAAUGCCUUUCAUGGUAGAACUCAACUGCAAAAUGGUUUAAAAUUUGAUAAUGUUGGAGCCAACACCAGCUGGAAUAGUGCCCAGGGUCAUAGUGCCUCCGUGGGUGUUAAUCAUAUACCCAAAUUUAAUAUGACCACAGUAAAUGCUGCCGCUAAUGCUAAUCUAUGGACUUCUUCUAAUCAAGCUUCUUCAUUGAAUUUAAAUGCUAAUGCUUCAAGACAUGUUGCCGGACCAUUUAGGGGUAAAAAUGAUUUUGGUGCCGGUUUGGGUUUUACUCAUAGAUUUUAAAGUGUAUGUUUAAAUUUGGUGAUAUUAUUUAUUACUUUUUUAAA